AUGGAAGUCAGAAAUUGUACAAUUCAAACACAUGAAAGUGAUAGUGAUAAUGUUAAAAGUAAUGCAGGUGAAACCAAUUCACAUAAAGAAGUUAAUUAUGACGAAUUACUUACAUCUGCUGGUGUAUUCGGACGCUAUCAAGUGUUUUUGUUUUUUGUAACAUUUCCAUUUUAUAUUUUCACCGUUUUUUCAUAUUACACACAACUAUUUUUAACUGAAGUACCUCCUAAUCAUUGGUGUUGGAUACCCGAAUUAGAAAAUUUGACGCAGAUUGAAAGAAGAAAUCUUGCAAUACCUCAGGAUUUAAAUGCACAAUUUGGAUAUUCCCAUUGUAAAGCAUAUGUCGCUAAUUGGAGUGAAAUUUUAUUAACAAGUCAAAAGCCAAAUCAGACGUGGAAUAUAGAAUCUUGCAAAUUUGGAUGGGAAUUCAACCGAACUGAAAUACCAUACCCAACAAUUUCAACGGAACUCGGCUGGGUAUGUGACAAAAAUAGCUACCAAGCGACAGCACAAGCAAUUUUUUUCGUUGGAUCCAUUGCCGGAGGUGUGGUUGUCGGUUGGGUUGCUGAUCGAUUUGGUAGGUUGCCAGCUGCAGUGUUAAGCAAUUUAUUCGGAUGUGUGGCAGGUAUUGCUAGCUCUUUUGCGACUAACAUUAUUUACUUUUCUGUUUGUCGUUUCUUUGUCGGUAUGGCUUACGAUAAUAAUAUGACGAUGACAUACCUUAUUGUUUUAGAAUACGUUGCACCAAAGUAUAGAACUGUUAUUGCUAACUUACCUUUCGCAAUCUUUUACUCGCUAGGUGCCACAACAUUACCUUGGAUUGCUCUCGCUUGUGGACAUUGGAAAACAUUGAGUCUAGCUACGAGUAUUCCAAUGGCAUUAGCUAUUUUAGCUCCAUUUGUCAUACCAGAAAGCCCACGAUGGCUUCUUUAUGUGGGACGUAUCGAUGAUGCUAUAACUAAAGUUAUCACAAUUGGUCGUGUAAACAAAAAAGAAAUCCCAUUGAAAUUGAUUGAGCAAUUUAAGCUAACCUAUACUAACAGGAAAGAAGAAAAAAAUAUUAGUAUUUUAAAUGUGUUUAGAUCAUCGAAAUUAAGAAAAGUGUUUUUAUCUAUGUGCUUAUUAUUUAUGUGUAUUAUGCUAGUAAUUGAUGCUUUAGUGAGAAGUAUCGGUGGAUUAGAAUUUGAUAUUUUUGUAUCGUUUACACUUGUAUCUUUCACCGAGCUACCUUCUUUGGUUUUAAUGUCAUUUAUUUUAGACUUGACUGGUAGAAAAUGGUUGACUAUAGGAUCACUAUUAAUGUGCUGUAUAUUUAGUAUACUUACUGCUUUUAUAAACAGUGGUUUAUUGUCUGUCUUGUGUGUCGUAGUAGCAAGGUUUGGAGUAAAUAUGGCUUUUAACAUUACUAUGCAAUGGUCAGCGGAAGUAAUGCCAACUGCAGUUAGAGGUUCUGGAGUUUCAAUAGUCCAUAUCACAGGUUUUGUUAGUUCUAUCUUAGCUCCAUAUGUCGUUUACCUAAAUAAUUUUGUAUUAUGGUUACCCUCAAUUUUAAUUGGAUUCAUAGCGUUAAUUGGAGCUUUAACAGCAAUAAUUUUACCUGAAACCACAGGUAUAGAAAUGCCUCAAUCAUUUGAAGAUGCUGAAAAUUUGAUCACUAAUCAAAAAUUCUUUGACAUGCCUUGCUUAAGGAAAAGUAAUAAAAAUUAUGUUGGUAAUGUGAAUUCAUCAUUCGAAAUGCACUGA